AUGACAAAGGCAUCCAAACGACAGCGCGAGGGCGACGAAAAGAUUCAGGAGGAAGUAAAAACCACCACUGAAAGUCAUGAAGAAGAAACAAUGCUAGGAAAAAUGCAGCUACAAAGAGCGACAACAGAUAAACGAAUGACAAACCGACAAAAGUGUCUGGUCCUUGGUUCCCGUAAUAUUUCGAGUAAAGAUCGUCAUUUGCUUAUAAACAUUCGUGACCUUAUGCCACAUGCACGAGAGCAUGCAAAACUUGGUCGAACCCAGAAUGUGGGAAACGAUCUUGAGGAACUUUGUUCCCUUCACCAGUGCAACAGCACUCUUUUUUUUGAGGCUCAUCGACACGACAUUAGUUAUCUGUGGAUUGCGCAAGCUCCUCAUGGUCCCAGUGUAAAAUUACAGUUAACUAACGUUCAUACAGCCGAUGAAAUUCGUAUGGCUGGUAAUUGCUUGAAAUUCAGUCGACCUUUACUUCACUUUGACAGAGAUUUUGAGACUCAGCCACACCUUCGAGUUGUGAAGUCUCUUCUUCAAAUGACAUUCAAUACACCACGUUAUCAUCCGAAAUCUAAACCCUUUAUUGAUCACAUUUUAUGUUUUUUUUAUCUGGAUAAUCAUAUUUGGGUCCGUCACUACCAAAUUAUUGACAGUGAACCACGGGGUUUGAUGGAAAUUGGACCUCGUUUCACACUGGAGCCUACUGCUAUUUUCAACGGCUGUUGUGGAGGUAAUGUGAUCUGGAAGAAUGUCAUGGCGAAGUCACCUACUGAACAACGCCGUGAUAGAAAAACGCGACGCCUUGAAAAGACUCAAGUCAAUGAAACCAUUAAGGCAAUGUCGCAGACUCAUAAGGCACUGAAUCCCGCACCAGAAAGCAAUCCAUUGGAUUUGGUUUUCAAGAACUAA